UGAAAUUUGUAUAAUCUUUACAUGAGAUCUACGCACAUCAGUUUUGCGGUGAACGCGUUUUAAGUCGGUUCUAAAGCGGAUUAAAACCAAAUCAAGUGGCUCAUUAAUAGGACAAUACCGUUAAUGUGGCAUAAUUUGAACUUAAGCCAAAUCCAAGUAACUUUAGUAUAGAAAUACGCAAUUUACUUAAUCAAGACAACUCAGACUGGAACUCAGGCUGAAACAAAAGAAGUUGGAAAAAGUACAAUAUAUAAAAAAUUCGAAAAGAAAUCGUAAUAGUGAAAAGUGGCAUUAAUAUGUUAAGUUUAAUUUUAUUAACGAGCUUUAUUGCUGGUGUUUACAUUUACUGGACAUACGUGCAGUACAAAACGGGUUGGCAUUUGCUUAAAAAACUGCCUGGACCCCCCGUUUAUUGGGUAUUUGGAAAUGUGCUGCAACUUGGGUUCACAGCUGAAGAACAUGUUAAAACAAUUCGUCGCUGGGCUCAUGUGUAUAACUACAACUUGGCUCGUAUGUAUGGUGGCGCAGAGGCGUAUGUGAUGAUUACAAAUCCCAAGGACAUAGAACAAGUGCUCUCAAGUAACACUCUGCUAUACAAAUAUGAUCCCUACAACUUCUUUUAUCCUUGGUUGGGACAAGGAUUACUUACAGCGAAUGACAGACAUUGGGUUAAUCAUCGCAAAAUGAUAACACCCUCAUUUCAUUUCGGCAUCCUACAAGACUUCCUUAAAAUUAUGAACAAUACUACGGAUCGGUUCAUGGAAUUGUUGGCUGGAUUUGCGGCCAAAGAGGAUAUGUUCGAUUUUCAAGAAAUCGUAACGCGCUCAACAAUAGAUGUCAUAUGUGAAGCCGCCAUGGGCACUCCCGUAAAUGCCAUACAAGGACCCACCUCGCCUAUGGUGCCUGCAAUUUCUGAUAUCUGCGAUGUGAUGCGUGGACGGAUGUUCAGCGCAUUGAGCCGUUUCGAUUUCUUCUUCGUCUGGACAAAAGCGUAUCGCAGGCAAAAAAAGGCUUUGGCCAUUUUGCGCAAAGAGCUCUCCGAGAUUAUUGAAAAAAGAAAAACCAUCUUAGGGGAGUUCGAUCAAAAUAAUUUAAAAAGUGACAACGACGGAAAACGUCCGAAAAUGGCUUUUCUGGACAAUUUACUAACCGCCGAGGUGGAUGGGAAGCCCUUAACUUUUCAAGAUAUUUUUGAAGAGGUCUCCACAUUUGUUUUUGAAGGCCAUGACACCACCGCAAGCGCUAUUGGUUUCACUAUCUACUCUCUUUCGAGGCAUCCGGAAAUACAAGAACGUGCCUUUCAAGAACAAUAUGCCCUUUUUGGCAAUGAUGUUAAUCGCAGUCCUACUUAUAAAGAAUUGGGUGACAUGAAGUACCUGGAGUUGGUUUUGAAGGAAUCGCUGCGACUUUAUCCCAGUGUACCCAUCAUUGCACGAACGGCGUUGGAACAAACUGAAAUUGGUGGUUAUCAGAUUCCUGCUGGCGCUACACUCGCCUGCUGCAUUAUUACACUCGGUACGGAUCCUAAUAACUUUCCAGACCCAUUUAAAUUCAUGCCAGAACGUUUUGAAAACCGCGCCAGUACCAACCCCUACGACUAUGUGCCGUUUAGCGCUGGUCCGCGUAAUUGCAUAGGUCAAAAAUUUGCAAUGAUGGAAUUGAAAGUAACUGUUUCGAAAAUCAUACGGCACUUCAACAUAUUACCUGCACUGGAUGGACUAUCCACGGGUAUAAAUAACCCAACAGAUCCAAAUGACAAGAUAAACAAUCCGUAUGAUGCUCGCUUGGGUUUCUUUCUGACAUUAAAGUCUAUAAAUGGUUUGAAAAUACGUCUGCGUCGCAGAACGUAUAAGGGACGCUUACUCGUAGCAAGCGGUGCAGAAAAUCACGACGAUGACGACGAUGACGACGACGGCGUUGGCAGCGAAGACGAGGCAGCCAACAGCUACGACGGCGCAGAACAACGUGCAGAGAACGAAUGUAAUAUUUCACUAUAUGGUUUCGGUGAGUGUGACACUAAAAAUGCAGUAAAGCCAAUGGGUGCGUUGAAAUAUAAAAUUGAGAUAGACGGCGAAAUAUAUGAACUAGAAUUUUUGGUUGUACCUUCGAAAUUCCUGGAUUGUGAAGUGAUAAUCGGAGAGAACUUUUGUGCUUACGCUGAAGUGAAGAUAGAUCGUGAAGGGUUGCAUAUCAAAAAAGUAGAAAAUGACAGUGAUGAUAAUUCAAAGUUUUUUAUGAUGAAAAUUGACAUAGCUGCGGACGAAAAAGAAAUUGAUAUCGAUGAGUCGCCAAUAUUUUCGAGGCCGCGACGUUUACCUAUAGCUGAAAAACUCAUUGUAGACAGUCAGGUGGAACAGUGGUUAAGUGAUGGCAUAAUAGAAGCCUCGGAUUCUGAAUUUUGUAGUCCGGUUGUGUUGGUAAAGAAGCGUGAUGGUACGCCAAGACUGUGUAUCGACUUUCGAAGACUAAAUAAAGUGAUGAUAAAGGAUCAUUUUCCUUUACCUUUAAUUGAAGAUCAACUUGACCAAUUACAAAAUGCUAAAAUUUUUUCUACAAUUGACUUACGAAACGAGUUUUUCCAUGUGUCCAUAGCUCAGUCUAGUCGUAAAUACACAGCUUUCGUAACACACAACGGUCAGUAUCAAUUUUUGAAAGUGCCUUUCGGGUUGUCGAAUUCUCCGAGUGUUUUCCAGAGGCAUAUAAAUGCAAUUUUUAGAGACUUGGUGCGUAGAGGUACCGUGUUACUUUAUAUGGACGAUGUGAUUAUCCCUGCUCAAAACGAAGAAAGUGCUUUAAAAAAUUUAGAAGAAGUAAUGCAAGUUUGCAAGGACUAUGGACUCGAUAUAAACUUUAAGAAGUGUCAAUUUUUAAAAACAAAAGUAGAAUUUUUAGGGCAUGUUGUAGAAAAUCAAAAGCUAUCGCCAUCGCCAGAGAAAAUUGAAGCUGUAACAAAAUACAAAAUACCACAAAAUUUGAAACAAUUACAGGGGUUUUUGGGCCUUGCGGGAUAUUUUCGAAAAUUUGUUAGAAAUUUCUCGGUGAUAGCAAAACCGCUCAGUGACUUAACGAAGCAAAAUGUAAAAUUCGAAAUGAAAGACAGAGAAAUCGAAUCGUUUCAAACACUAAAAAAAUGUCUAAGCGAAAAACCGGUUCUAAGCAUUUUUAAUCAAAAGUUUCAAACUGAAGUUCAUACUGAUGCCUCUAUCGACGGUUAUGGAGCUGUGUUACUACAAAAAUUGCCUGAAGAUGGGCAUCUGCAUCCUAUUUACUAUAUGAGUAAGAAGACAACUGAGGCUGAAAGAAAGUACACGAGCUAUGAGUUAGAAGUUUUGGCAGUUAUAGAGGCUCUAAAAAAGUUUCGCGUUUAUCUACUAGGUCUGCAUUUCAAGUUAGUAACCGACUGCAAUGCCUUCACUAAGACGUUAGACAAAAAAGACCUAUGCACCAGAGUCGCUAGAUGGAUAUUGUUCCUCCAAGAAUACGACUAUGAAGUAGAGCAUCGAGCUGGCACCCAGAUGAGACACGUUGAUGCCCUUAGCCGUUACGCAGUUUUUUCUAUAAACGAUGAUUCUUUGGUUAGAUUGCGAUGCGCGCAACUUCAAGAUGAUGAACUCAAAGUUAUUUUAGAUGUUCUUCGCGAAAAAACCAUUUUCAACGACUAUUUUACGAAAGGUGGCAUUUUGUACAAGCUUGUAGGUGACGACGAAUUAAUUGUUGUGCCCACCAACAUGCAAAGGGAAGUUAUCAGAAAAGCACAUGAUAAUGGUCAUUUUGCAGUGAAGAAAACUAUGGAGCUGAUAACCAAAGAUUACUAUAUACCAAAAAUCGAAGAAAAGAUACAACGUCACAUUGCCAACUGCAUACCUUGCAUUAUUUCAAACAGAAAACUAGGUAAACAGGAAGGUAACAGUUGCCUUAACGCUCCUGAUAGAGAUAUCAAUAUCAAUACUCCCUGGAGUGCCCAGUGCGCAUCACCAUCAACUCCAAUUCUCCCGCACAUAACAAAAACAUCAACCGGCACAUCCUCCUCCACUUUAUUAACAAUACCAAGCCAACAGGUCGCUCUCUCCACUCUUCCUCCCACAAUGACAUCAACAACCAACACAACAACAACAGCAAACACAGCAGCUACAACAUCAGUAUGUUCCCUGGCACAUCUGAUUUCCUCUUCGGCAGUAACUUCAAAAACUUCCACAACAUCGCAAGUACAAAAUAUUUACACCAUUAGCCCCAAAGAACCAAAUAAGCAAGAAAACCUAAAACGACACCGUGACGGACAGUCCCCAAACAACUCAAACGAACAGAUGAACACUAAUAAAAAACAUAAAAACAAAACUCAAAACACUGCACAAAAGACACUCAAAGAGUACUGGCUGGACAAGCCUAAUUCAAGCAACCGUUUUGAGUUGCUAGCACAAGAAGCUGAAACGAAUGAACUACAUACUGACAGUGGGACAGAACCAAAAACAAAACCACAAAUCCAAACAGAACAACGCAAACUUAAACCACCACCCAUCUAUGUGCAAAACGUUGAAAAUGUACAUGCAUUAACAACAGCCCUUAAAUCACUAACUGAUACAAAAUACGAACUUAAAGCACUCUCAACAAAUGAAAUUAAAAUCCAACCACAAGAAAGCAUUCACUACACAAACAUUCUGAAACUAUUAAAAGAUAAAGAAACCAAAUUCUACACAUUUAGACCUAAAGACCAACGAGGCUUCAAAGUAAUACUUCGCAACGUUCAUCAUGCAACUGAUAAAAACGAAAUCAUAAUGGAACUAGCAGAACUUGGUCAUGAAGGGCUAAACAUACACAACAUUCAACGCAUACCAGCAACGCCAACGCCACCCACAGAUCAGUAUCAGAACUCUGGCACAAAUAAACAAAUAAUCCCAGAAAUAUCGUACGCAGAAGCACUUACCAAAAAUAUGCCUUCGUCAACAAGCCAUAAACAGCAUUCUCCCACAACUAACACUUACCCGACGCAACAACAAGACGACUUACAAGAAUUGAAACAAAUGAUGAAACAACUAGUUGCUCAAAUGACCAACAUGAUGAAUAUCAUAACCUUGCUUAUUGCCCGCAUAAAAAAAAACAAAAUGUGGUUCUUUCUUCUCAGCUUUUUGUUUGCACCAUUUCUUUGCAUCCUGUACUUGGAAGUGAAAAAUUAUAGUAAGCGUAAGCAGGUGAAUAAAUUGCCAGGACCCGCAGCAGUACCUGUUCUAGGAAAUGCGCAUCAAAUGGGCAAAACACCGAGUGCGGUAUUAAAUCAACUCUUUCAAUGGUGGCAGGAAGCUGGUCACCAGAACUUUCGAGUGCUUAUUGGUCUGUAUCGGAACAUUGUUGUUACAAAUGAAAAAGAUUUGGAGUUUAUUUUAACAAGCAAAACUCUGAUCGACAAAUCUGAUAUUUAUGAUAUGUUGCAUCCUUGGUUGGGUACUGGCUUGCUCACAGCCACCGGACACAAAUGGCAGGCACAUCGCAAAAUUAUUACACCCUCCUUCCAUUUUAAGAUUCUGCAAAGCUUUCAUGCAGUUAUGAAUAAGAAUUCAAAUAAAUUUAUUGAAAAGCUACGCAACACCUCGAGAGGCGAUGCCAUUUUCGAUUUUCAAGAAAUGACGCACUACCUGACGAUGGAUGUGAUUUGUGACACAGCCAUGGGUGUGCACAUAAAUGCAAUGGACAACCAUGAUAAUGAAGUGGUGCAGGCUUUUAAAGACAUGUGUUAUAAUACCAAUAUGCGCGCCUAUCAUCCAAUCAAACGAUCGCAUGCCUUAUAUAGAUUUAUGCCGGACUAUCCAAAGUACUGCAAGACACUGAAAAUUUUGCAUAACUUUACAAAUGAGGUUAUUAUCAAGAGAAUCGAAGCGCUGAAAUUAGCUGAGGGGCAGUCAAAGGAAAGAGAGGAGGAUGAGUUUUCAAACAAAAAGCUCGCCUUUCUUGACAAUUUGUUGUCCUCUACAAUCGACGGAGAACCGUUAACACAACAAGAGAUCUACGAAGAGGUGUCAACAUUUAUGUUCACGGGGCACGAUACAACGACUUCAGGCAUAGCAUUCACAGUUUACCUGAUAUCCUUGCAUCCUGACAUACAGAAAAAAGUCUACGCUGAGCAGCAACAAAUAAUGGGUGACAACCUCACAGAAGCGACCUUUCAACAAAUUGCCGAAAUGCAGUAUUUGGAUAUGGUCGUAAAGGAAACGCUACGACUCUACCCUAGCGUACCAGUGGUUGCCAGACGCACGGAAAAGGAUUAUGACAUAAAUGGCUACGUCGUGCCGGAGGAUACAACCAUAAACCUCUUUUUGAUGGCGCUCGGCUACAAUGACAAGUAUUUUCCCGAUCCAUAUCGGGUAGAUCCGGAACGUUGGAAUGUGAACGAACGUAUUCAAAAUCCAUUUGAAUAUUUGCCUUUUAGCGCGGGUGCUAGAAAUUGCAUCGGACAAAAGUUUGCACUACUCGAAAUCAAAACUGUAGUAUCGAAGAUUGUGCGCGCUUUCAAUAUACUACCGCCACUGGACGAACUGACCUCCGCUAAUGGUUACUCGAGACAUUUCAUUGGCUUGCCAGCGGAGCAGCAAAGGAAGCGAUUGCCCAAUCCGAGCAAAUAUGAUCCAAUUUUGUCGGCUGUGCUAACCCUGAAAUCGGAAAAUGGCAUUUAUAUUCGGCUAAGAGAGCGCAGUUAGAGAAACUUUUAUUACUUUUUUUUUUGUAAUAAAAAUUAAAAAUAAAAAAUAUUAAAGGGUUUUCCAAUAACAGGUGUUAUGAAUAAAUGGAUUGCCCUAUCGAGAGAUGAUUAACGAUUUUUUAUGGCCGAAAUUGAAUGGUAUUGAUCUAAGCAACGUUUAUUUUCAACAAGACGGCGCUACGUGCUUCACAAGUAACGAUCUUUAUGGGAAAAGUUUCCGGACCGUGUUAUCUCUCGAAGCGGUGAUAACAAUUGGCCACCGAGAUCUUGUGAUUUAACACCUUGUGACUUUUUUCUUUGGGGCCACGUGAAAGAGAAGGUCUACGCCAACAACCCAGGGUCGAUUCAAGACCUCAAAGAUGGAAUUGGUGAGACUAUCGAGGACAUAGGGCAGACACUUUGCAGUUGGGUUAUGGAAAAUUUCAUGAAAAGGCUAUUGCCCUGUAAGCGUGGUCGUGGUGGUCAUUUGCCUGAUGUUAGUUUCCACUAUUAACGGCAUACCUUCCUCUUUAUAAUGAAAUAAGCAUCCGAUCAUUUAUAUUAAAAAUUAGCAUUUUUCAUUGAAUAUCAAAAUAACACCUCUUAUUGGAAAACCCUUUAUGUACGA